AUGGGGGGCAGCCAGGCCCCCAGGGUCGCAGACAAGAAGGGGAUCGUCUGGGUACACUGGCUCCUGGGCCAUAACAAGCCGGGCCUUGGAGCUGGCGGAAGCAGAGGGGGCGCCAGGCGGCGGGAAGAAGAGGCCAUGGGCGCGCAGGUCGGGGCGCUGCUGCUCGCGCAACUGUUGGUGCGGGUCGAAAUCGCGAGGCAGGCGUUGCGGGAUAGGGACCUGUUGCUUCCAGGUUUCGAGAACUCUUCUAUGCUCGCAUGGCCAUGUGGCCAACGGACUGUCCCGACACGCAUAGUGGGUGGAAAGGACGCAGAGCUUGGGCGCUGGCCGUGGCAGGGCAGCCUGCGCCUAUGGGGCUCCCACUACUGCGGAGCAAGCCUGCUCAACCGCCGCUGGGUGCUCUCGGCCGCGCACUGCUUCCAAAAGAGGGCGCUGCCAUCUGAGUACCGCGUGCGCCUCGGGGCACUGCACCUGGGUCCCGCCUUGCCCCAUGUUCUCUUGGUGCCCGUGCGGAGGGUGCUGCUGCCUCCGGACUACUCAGAGGACGGGGCCGGAGGAGACCUGGCGUUGCUGCAGCUUCGCCGCCCAGUGCCCUUGAGCACAUGAGUCCAGCCCAUCUGCCUGCCUGAGCCUGGGGCUUGCCCACCACCAGGCACACCGUGCUGGGUCACUGGCUAGGGCAGCCUCCACUCAGGAGUGCCACUCCCAGAGUGGCGACCUCUGCAGGGAGUAAGGGUGCCACUGCUGGAUACUCGCACCUGUGACCUCCUCUACCACAUGGGCACCAACGUGCCUCGUGCCGAGCACAUAGCGCUGCCAGGGAACCUGUGCACCGGCUAUGUCGAGGGCCAGAAGGAUGCCUGCCAGGGUGACUCUGGAGGACCCCUGACCUGCAUGAAAUCUGGGCGCUGGGUCCUAGUGGGUGUGGUGAGCUGGGGCAAGGGCUGUGCCCUGCCCAAUCGUCCAGGUGUCUAUACCAAUGUGGCCACUUACAGCCCUUGGAUUCAGGCUCGCCUCAGCCUCUGAUGCAGUGACACUGACCUGAAGCCAGACUCUGGGGUCCCUCAGCUGCCUGGUCUGUGUGGGGAUCUACACAUCCCCCAACCCUGCCCCUUCUGACUUAGGGCUUAGAGGCCUAAUAAAUUUAAGGGGCCAUCCACCCAUCCAUUCAUCUGUCUAUCCCCUGCCUCCUCCUUGGGGCUCACCAAACCCAAGCUGCCAACCCUCCUCCAGGAGCCUCCCGAGUGUCCGGGGGUCUCACACUCCCUCCCUUCCCUUCCUGCUCAUAUU